CAGAACAAUGAUGAAGAAAAGGACAAGGAGGAAGUAGCUACUGGGUAAAAAGUAAAAAAAUCUAACGUAUAAAAUCACUGAUACUCAUUAAACAGAUACCGUAAUUACUAAGCUCGGCUACAAGUAAGGCGUGUGUUGCUUUUGUUCAUAAACCUAAAAAGGCCCUUAAAUAUUACUCGAAAGAUCCUCUAUUCCUGCGCUUGAAAAGAGAAUAUUGCUAUUGGCGCUUCUUUUAAGGUAGCUCGAUCCAGUAUUUUUAUAGGCAUACCUUUCACCUUUGGACCUCCUAUACUUAAAUAACUUGGUCUUUAUUGUAACUACAUUAUAACACAUGGAUCAAACAUAGACUGAACUUUAUUAUGACAUUAGACAUUAUUUUUUUCGCGAUCGGAAUACCACGUAACAAUGACGUCACAAUGGUUUUCGCUCUUCAUCGAAUUACAACCCUUAUUCGCACUUCUCUGGAAAUGCUCUUUGCUAGCGAAGUUUCACAAAAAUGUCGAAGUGCAAUUUCGAGAUAUCGUGGAAUUUCUACAUGAAGGCUAUUUGAUUUUAUCGCUGUUUUCAUGAGAGUAGCCUCCUAGUUGUAAAAAGAGCUCAGCAUUGAGUUUUACCCAGAUACUUUCCAGUCUUUCGAAAUCAAGCAAGCCUACCUGUCUACAAAAAUACUGGGUCGAGUCACCUUUAAAAAAAAAUUGGGCCACCUGCCUCUUUUAAAGUAACAAUUUAAAACUCUAACCAUAAGAUGAGGGAAUCAAUCAAUCUGGAAGAGAGAGUCAGGUUUCUUAAAAACAAAAGAGAGCUAAAAUAUUUUUACAAAGCCUGCUAGAGACACACGUACGCAGAUGACACAUUGGGCAGAAAUCGAGUAGUGUAUCAAUGCAAAUGACUUUCGGCCCUCAACUGAAAAGAACUGCUUCUCUUAGUGUUACAAGAUCGUUAGGAACCUUUUCAAUAAUUUUACCAGUUUUAAUUUAGGAAGUUAGAAAUGACAUGUUCCAUUUAAAUCGUUUGAUAGAAAAUAAUCUCAAGACUCAAAAGUAUCCACGCCCAACAAUGCUAUAACAUCGAAAAGGUUCAUAAAUCCAGAAAGAAGCUUCCAUCCUAAAGUAGACAAUCAUUCAUUAUUUCAAAAUCCUACAAAUACGUCGUAAUCCUGCAAAUUUCUCAAUAAGAGUGUAAUUCUCCGUUCAUUGUAUAAGCUUGGCGAUUUCUGGAGGCUUUCUCGCCAUCUUUAUUAUGUUCGAAACAUUUCGAAACAUUUCCCUGCAAACUUAAACUGUUAUUUCAAACCUUUCCCAAAUGUAACUGAUGUCUACUCAACUUAGUUAGUCAGUAGGCAAGAAAGACAAGGAAACAAAUAAACGAAUGAAUAAAUCAGUAAAUGACUUACUGCUAGGAAGCAAUCUGAUAUACAAAAGCAAAACGGUGAAACCUUACUUCGCCUUUAUAACUUGGUGUUGAUUAGUGAGAAUGACGUCACUGAAACUGAUCAAGAUCUUCAAGCCGGUCCAGAUCCCGGCUACCGUCACGAGGUAAAUGUUAUUUUUGUCUUCCUUGAACAUUGCAUGUCAUUCUGGUAAAUCUUCAGUGACAUCUAAACAAAAGCAAUAUUGAUUAAACAACAUAAUCUUAAUGGACUUUAUAUCAAGACAGUACACCCAGCUGCAAGAAAAAAUUUGGGCUCAAAAUAAGCUAAAACUAAAGGAUGAUUUUGUGUUCAAUAGACUUGUAACACCCAAUCCCUAAUUUGCCCAUCUGUAUAGGCGUACUUGAAUUUCAUUUUGAAAUAUUGCUUUCGUAGUAAAAGGAGCAUUAGAAUCACGUUCCUAAAGGCAUUUAAGGUCAUUAAAAGAUGUGGACCACGUCAAAAAAGCACUUAACUGAGGCAAGUUGAGCGAUAAUUUGACCCCAUAGAACCAAUAAGAGUUUGCUAAGACUGGAUUUCUCAAAUUAACGACAGUUUACAGCAUUUUCAGGCGAACCUUGUAAAAUUCAUCACACGUAAAGUGCCGAACACGGUGUAACAGGCUGUCGAAAUACUGAACUAUUUAGGCCAAGUUUUUUUUCCUGACGUAGCCAUGCCAUCCUGAGUGCUCUUGAGUCAAUCAAGAGUUGUAGAACUGUGAUACAAAACAUCGUGAUUUUUUCCUUAGGAGCAGUACACUGACGGAGGGCGUUUGGUGCGUCAAUGUACGGAACCCGGUGGUGGACAUAACCCAAUUUGGUAAGAAAGUCCGAAGUACAAAAAAACGAAGAUUGUUCCCAAACCAUAGUUAUAUCUUCACCUCAGUCAUAAUAUAAGGAGCUACAAAGGCCCAUAAUUAAAAUAAUAGGACCGCUGCCUGUUAUUUCGCCAACCACGAAUCAAUAAUGAAUUAAAGCGCCGCUCAAAUUUAAUGUCAAAAACAAUUUAGUUUUUUUCAGUCAUAAUCAUUCUGUAUCACUUCUCUCUUUUUGCUACGCGAAUCAUCAAGGGGGAUAUUUUGGUAACUUCGCUGACUAUCAUGUCUAGUGACUGCUUUGCACGUUGUGGAGAAGUUAAUCGUUUUAAAAGAAAGAAAGACAUACGGGUGGGGGAUAUUCGACCAUACAUAAAAUGCCAGUGACAUAUACUAUUUUACGUGUCCUCCAGUUGACAAAAUUCAGAAUAUUUUCAUUCAAACUGUUCGCUUCAUUAAGAACAAAUGACUACCUUUGUAAAUGUACCUUCCUCAACUGAAUUUUGUAUCUCAUAAAAUUGUGAUUUAAUUCAAGAUAUGCAGAAAUCUCCAUCUACUUGGUAUAAAAGUUUUCAAAAUACUAACUGCUUUUGAAUAUCCUUUCUUCUAGCGGUAUAUCAUGUCCACAAGUUCCUACUGUGCCAAGGGUAAGAGCACCAAAGCUAGGCAAUUAACUUUUUUCCCAAGCCUGUAACAUAAAAUUAUAUUAAUGACAAACUGAAGAUCUUCGAUUCGCUGACUUGGUGUGACAAUUCACUGACAAUUCAAUCUAUAGCUGUUGACCUCAGGAAAGAUCUUCCCCAUCAUUUGAAAGACCUCCCAAUUUCUCCUUCCCAUACUUACUAAAAAAAUAUCUACUGAAUUGACAAUUUGAAAGUUGACCAUAUUCGUUCUUCUCUCUAUAUAAUGUAUAGUGUGUGUGUGUGUUAUUUAUUUAUUAAUUAUUGUUUUUUCGUUGCUACUAUUAUACCUGUCACCACUGUGUUAAAGAUAUAACUUUAUAGCUAGGAGCUAGGAGCUAAAUUAGCAAAUGUUUUCGUGCUAGACAUCCUUUUAUCAUAAUGUAUCUAUCUUAUGUAACUUUUUUUUUUUCUUUCCAUUAGCCAUCGUAGAACUGAAUGUUAAAAUUCUAUUUAGUUGGAUGUAAAUAAUAAAGGUUGUUGGUGUGGUUGUUGUUCUGACCAAGCAAGGGCACGAUAGUGUGUGGAUAUAGUGUACAUAGUGGACUUCGAACAGGUUUUCGGCGACCAUACCGAUAUUUUAAGCUAAUUUUCAGUCGCGAAUUUUUUUCCUUUUCCGAUCGCCACAAAGUGUUCAUCACAAACUGAUUUUGAAUUGAAUUUUGCCAAAAUGUAAGUGAAGUGACUUGGUAACAUGAACAGCUCAAGCUAAUUUAGUUUUCACUUUUAUCUCUCAUAGGAAAACCUGGACUCAGAUCCUAGCGUGUUGACCAUUUUUUACAUUUUUCUCUUGUUUUUGUCUCUUAAAGAUCAUGUCUGUUCGAUUUUGUACGUUUUGAUUUAUGUGUUGUUCAAUGUUAUAUAG